GAAACCCACCAAUCAGCGAACGCCGUGGCGGCCGGGCCGUCCCCGGGAAGUGCCGUGCCGAGCUCCCGCCUUAAAGGGACCGCGCUGCGCUGCGCUCCAUGGCGAAGGCCGGGCACGCCUGGAGCCGCGCGGCGGCGGAGCAGGGCGAGGCGGAGGAGGGCGAGGAUCCCCUGGAUGCCAUGAUCGCACGGACCGGCUGCCUGGAGCAGCACCGGCAGCUGCAGGAGUGCAUGGCGGAGCGGCAGGACUGGCGGCACUGCCAGGCACAGCUCCGCGCCUUCGGGGCCUGCAUGGCCCGGCGGCAGCAGCGGCAGGACGGGCCCGGUCCGGCCCGGCCCACGGACUGACAGCGCCCGGACAGACCCGCAGCAAUGGGGCUGCGCCCUUCGCCCCCUUUCUUGGCUUUAUUUUGAUCCAACCGCUCGGGAAUCCAGGUGGAAUUGUUGGGAAAUUAAACCUGGAAUUUGUCAUCUCUCGGCUCCAUCUGUGCCAAUUGGAUAAGUGCAAGCUGGAGGGGGUGGCUGGCUGGGGGGAUACAGCGUCAAGCUGUGCCACGGUAGGGUCAGGUUGGACAGCAGGAGGAAUUCAUGGUAAAGGGUUUUAAACACUGGAAGGGGCUGCUCAAGCAGGUUUGGAGUCUCCAUCCCUGGAGGUGUCCAAGAACGACUGGACAUGGCACUCAGUCCCCUGGGCACAGCUUGGACUUGAUUCCAGAGGUGUUUUCCAACCAAAAUGAUUCUGUGGUUGUGAAUUUGCAGUCCUAAAUGUCCCAAAUCCAGGAGCAUUCACAGCACACUCAGGCUGGCUCUUGGCUCCAGAACAGCCCUGCUAUGGAAUUUUACUCCAUGUCCGCUGUGCCAUCCUAAGGCUUUUCCCAGCAGUGAUAACCUCAUGUCCCACAGGAUGGGAGUUCUGGGGAGAGGAUUUAUCUCCUGGGAAGCCACAGAAUAAUUAGGAAUGGGAGAAAAAGGGAUUAUAAUCUGACCACCACUUCCUGGAAAAUAAGCCAUAAAAAAAAAAAAGAAAUUGCUUUUUUGCAUGGCUUUUGCCAGAAGGAAGGUUCAGGUGAUUUCCCAGGGAUGUGGGGGCUGGGAAUGCCGAGGGGCUGGGAAGCACAAACACCUGGCAGCCCCAGUUUGGGGGAGAGUAUAAAUUAAUGAGUUAUUUUCCAUCUUAUUCAUGAGCUGGUCCUUAGAAAGGGGGAGAAAAAGCCUCCAAACAAACCAGUUUCUGGAACAGUUUCUCUUGGCAUCCAUCCAAUUUGGUUAUAACAAUUCCUAGGAUUGUUGCAGCAUUAUUCACACACAGAUUUCUGCAGGAAUCCCCACAUAACAGAAGCAAAAUAGUCAGGAAUUUAAAAAAAAAACCUAAAAGAA